AGUAUAGAACUCUGUGCAAAGCACUGAAAGGAGAUUAGAGAACUAAGUCAAUUUCUGUGACAUUAAAGCUGAUUGGCUAGCUACGGAAGAUUGAAUCUCCGUUUAGUGUUUCUCCCAUUUCUCGAGCGAUGGAAAGAAGAAUUAUGGCCAAAAAUACGUAAACUUGGUGCUUAUCAUUUCACUGACAAUAUCACUUAUCGAAACGAAAGAAUUAGUACGGUUAAGGUAUGACGACCGUUAAGGUCCAUGGAGGCAUCGAUAUACUGCGACUGCCAGUCAACGAAGAAGAGCAUUUUUUUCCCCCAUGGAAUAUUAAAUACACGCAGUCUCAUAUACUUCAUUCGAAGUGUUCCAAGAAUGACAGUGGUUGUGGAGAGGACGACGACGAUGCUUGUCAAUUCUGCGUAUUCAAUCGCACGUUAGAUUUACCUCACAUGCCAGACAUGGUCUUUCCAAAUAACAUAUUGUUUCUGAGACACAUUGAUGGUGCUUCGUUGGAAUUUAAUGCAUUAGAUGCUCUGAAGCGGGUUUCUAAUGGAAAAAUUAAUUUGCAACUGGCUUGUGCAGAAGAAUGGAAAGAAUCAAGAUCGGAUACCAGUGAAUUCCUUGAAGAAAAGAUCAAACCAUUUGAUUGGACCUUCACGACAGACUAUAUGGGUACUGCAUCAGGUUUCGAUAUUGAGGAAACUGGCGAACGAAUAGAUGUUGAAAAACUGAAGCGAAAGGAUAAGAUCCUAUUUUACCAUGAUUUGACACUUUUCGAAGAUGAACUUCACGACAAUGGGAUUGCAGUUUGCUCUGUAAAAAUUCGGGUGAUGCCGAGUAGCUUUUUUGUGCUACUACGUUAUUUUCUAAGGGUUGAUAAUGUUAUGUUGAGAGUACACGAUACCCGAAUUUACCAUGAAUUUGGGCAAAAUUAUUUGUUACGUGAAUCUACUGCCAGAGAAGCUAAGGUGCAGGAUCUUCGUGUUCCUCCAUCAUUCCUCAUAGAUCCUAGUGUUAUAGCGCCACAUCUGCCCCUGAUGAAAAGCUUUUAUCACAAAUUAAUAUUUCAUGCCAAACAAGGUGAACCUUCGGUAGGUGAUAUGGCAGCAAAUUCGAUUGCAGAAAGUAUCGUUUCAUCCAAUGCCGUUCUUGAAACAAUACAGGAAGACGUAACGACAGACUUUUCAACUUCUACUACAACUAAUUCUGUUACAUAGGAUGUUUUCCUAAUGUUGGAUAAAUGUAAUGUUAACUUAAGCCACCAACGAAGGACUGUUCAUGUGCACUUGAACCGUGAGGUGGAGAAACUGAUAAAUACGAGAUUAGUUAAAAAGAAAGGAAUAUAAAUAUAUGAAGAGCACAGUAUAAA